CCGAAAAAGCUAACGUAAUUGGAAAUCGUGGUAUUUUUAAUAUGAAUGCUAGAUGUUAUGAAGAGGCUGUCGAGAAUUUUACAAAGGCAUUGAAAUUACAAACCGAUAAUGCAACUGUGCAUCGUAAUAGAAGUAGCGCUUAUCGCAUGUUAAGAAAACUGGAUAAUUCUAUAGAGAAUUUGGAACGAGCAUGUCUCAUUGAUCCGGGCAAUGUUUAUCAAUAUGGAAUACACAGAGCUUUAUAUAUGGAAUUAAGAAGAUGGAGCGAUGCCAUAACAAAUCUCGAUUUUGCCGUACGAUAUCAUCCCAAGAGUGCCACUACUUAUUCUAAUCGUGGCGAAUUAUUAUUUAAGCUAAGAAGGUAUAAUGAAGCUUACAUCGAUAUUAAAAGGCCUUAG